AAACAGCCGAAAGAAAUGCAUCCCAUUCACCUAAAAAAAAAAACGCUGCCCGCAACUGCAGUCCGUCGGAAAUCUCUGCCGCCGCCGCCACCGCCGUCUGCCGUCGCCGUCGCCUGCGCCAUGCUCCGCCUCAGGAAGUGCGUCGUUUCCUGUAUCCUCUCUUCUCCCUCCACCUCCGCCAUCUCCCCACUUCGCCGCCUGCUCUCCGCCGCCGCGUCGCCCCCCAUUUCCCCUAACCCUAGUAGCUUCGCCGUGGAAGACUACCUCGUCGGCACCUGCGGCCUCAGCCGACCCCAAGCCCUCAAGGCCUCCAAGAAGCUCUCCCACCUCAACUCCCCCGCAAACCCCGACGCCGUCCUCGCCUUCCUCGCCGGCCUCGGCCUCUCCGGCGCCGAUGCCGCCGCCGUCGUCGCCAAAGAUCCGCAGUUCCUCGGCGCCAAAGUGGACAAAACCCUGGCCCCCGUCGUCGCCGGGCUAACCGGCCUCGGCCUGUCUAGUCCUGAGAUCGCUCGCAUCGUCUCGCUCACCCCCGACGGCUUCCGCCGUAGAUCCAUACUCUCCAGGCUGCUCAAGCGCUCAUCCUGCCUGUUGUUUUCGGACCUCGACAAGGUUGUCAAGCCCAAUGUUGUGUUUCUGAGGGAGUGCGGGCUAGGUGAUUGUGAUAUUGCCAAGCUGUGUAUCCAUGGGCCGAGGAUGCUCACCACCAACCUGGAGCGCGUCCGAGCGAUGGUGACAUGCGCCGAAGGUAUAGGCGUGCCCCGUGGCUCUGCGAUGUUUAGAAAAGCGCUACAUGCUGUCGCAUUCCAAAGCAAGGAGAAGAUUGCCGCCAAAGUGGACUACUUGAAGAAUACAUUCAGGUGGUCUGAUGCCGAAGCGAGCAUUGCUGUGCGCAAGUAUCCGGGUCUGCUCAGGAAGUCAAAGGAAUCUCUGAAGCACAGGUCCGAGUUCUUGUUCUCUGAGGUGGGGCUGGAACCCGCGUACAUUGCUCAUCGACCGGAAAUACUUUCUUAUAGCAUGGAGGGCCGACUCAGACCUCGGUACUAUGUUAUCAAGUUUCUCAAGCAAAGUGGACUGCUAGAUCGUGACUUGAGCUUAUAUUCUGCGGUCAAGAUGACUGACAAGGUAUUUGUGGAGAAGCUCAUAUGCCCUCACAAGGAAGCCGCAGCACACCUCGCUGAAGAUUAUGCAGCAGCUUGCAAAGGGGAAGUGCCAACUAAUUUCAGAUUUACAUGAACAAAAAAGGUCUAUGGAAAUUGGUUACAGUGUAUGGCGCAACAAAGUUACCACCCUGCGUUCUUAGCAGAAGCAGGGACCUAAAUGAUCAAAUCAAAGGAGAAAGAGGCUGAAACAAGGGGAGAAGAUCACAGCAACCACCAGGAGAAAAUAUAUCUCAGUUUUUCAGGACCCGCCUACCUGAAAAAGCUUGCUGAUGGGAUGCAAAGGCUAAAAUUGAUGUAGUAGGAGGGAUGCUGUACAUGUUUGGUUUUAGUGCGCCACCAGAAAAAGCUUGCUGAUGGGAUGCAAAGGCUAAGGUGGUCUGAUGCCGAAGCGAGCAUUGCUGUGCGCAAGUAUCCGGGUGUGCUGAGGAAGUCAAAGGAAUCCUGAAGCACAGGUCCGAGUUCCUGUUCUUCGAGGUGGGGCUGGAACCCGUGUACAUUUCUCAUCGACCGGACAUACUUUCUUAUAGCAUGAAGGGCCGACUCAGACCCCGGUACUAUGUUAUCAAGUUUCUCAAGCAAAAUGGACUGCUAGAUCAUGACUUGAGCUUAUAUUCUUCGAUCAAGAUGACUGAGAAGGUAUUUGUGGAGAAGCUCAUAUGCCCUCACAAGGAAGCUGCACCACACCUCGCUGAAGAUUAUGCAGCAGCUUGCAAAGGGGAAGUGCCUACUAAUUUCAGAUUUACAUGAACAAAAAAGGGCUAUGGAAAUUGGUUACAGUGUAUGGUGCAACAAAGUUAUCACCCUGCGUGUAAGCUGUUACUUCCUGUUUCAGUGUUCUUUGCCUAAGAUGAUGUUGGUUGUUUUCUUUAGCAUGGCAGUUAGUCAUUGCUAAAUGCUAACUCCUUAUGAAACUGAUAAUUUGAUUCCUGAA